GGUAGAGGAGCCCGAUCCCUCGUGGUACAAACCGUAUGAUCCGGCAACCGAUGGGCCUAUGGAAGGUCCCUAUUUUCGUCGAUACGACGACCGACGGGUGCCCUAUUAUGACGUCAACUUGGCUCUGGAGGCCCUUUUUUUCGAUGGACGAGAUGUGACAGGGUUCGUGGAGAAAUGGGAAAGCUACGCUUACCGCAAGAGGUUCUCCGAGAGGGAGUGGAUCGAUUAUUUAAUCCAACACUCAGACCCCGAGCUAGACACCGCGAUCCGAGCUAUCUACCCUUCAGACGGACGAUGGAGGACCUUCAGGGCGAGCUUGUUGCAGACUUUCGCCUGUGAUGACCUGAUCCCGACCGUGGAGGGCUUGAGACGUAUUACAAGGGGGGAGAGGGAGAGCUUGGUAGCCUUUACCCGUAGGUUCAAGCGUCUGUCCCAAGCCCUAGUGGAUAGGGGCAUGCUGUCCGAGGUAGACAGGUGCGUAAUGUUCAUGCUGCAUCUGCCCGAAGAGAAGAGGAAGGAGGUCCUUGAAAAGGCCCCGAGGGAUUCUGCGAAUUUCGAGAAAGUAGCCGAAGUGGUUUUCAUAGGAGGAGGGGUAAACGUAAGAGAAUACAUGAAAGAAACUUUGGACAUGGCUCUCCGCCACAUGCGAGGGAUGAGGAGCGAUGGUCCAAGAGGGAGCGAUAGACCGCCACCGGCUCUGCCUGGUCCCCGGUGGGGAGACCGGGCUACCGGAUGGAGGAACGAAUCAAUUGGCCAGGGAGGUUGGAGGAACGACAAGGAAAUAGGGGGGGAUCGUGGUUCCGAUUGGGGGAAUUCCCAUUGGAAGGAUGCUAGGGAUGGAAGGUGGGGAGAGGCCCCUCAAGCUAGGGCCCAAGGGCCGCGACCGGAAGUUAGAGCGCCACCACCCCCGACACCACCACCACCGGUUCCGCCUGCGCCUAUAGCGGCACCAGCACAAGGGGGUCCACGUCCCAACAAUCCCCAAGCUCAGGCCAGGUGUGUCUACUGCAACGAGGAAAAACACAUCAAAAGGGACUGCCCUUAUCUCACGGAGGCGUUGAGACUGGGAGUGGUCAAGUUGAAUGAAAACAAGUGGGUUGUGUGGGGAGAUAGCAGAGAGGCGGUCUCCUUCUAUCCAUCGAUGAAGGUGAACGUGGAUAAGAGGGUGGCCCUUCAAGAGGCUAGGCUAGGAAAGAAGCCGGAGGUCGGGGGCUCCUCGAGCGUGGCUCACAUCCAAAUGGUGGAGUCACCGGAAGGGUUGUCCAUUAGAGAGUCCCAAGUAUCCAGCAUCAAGUUCAUAGAUACCCGGGUCGAGGAGGAGAGGCCCUGCCUAAGGGUGAGGAUGCAGGUCGGGACUGAGACAUCGGAGAACCAAGCAAGCGUGACAGAAAGUACAGAGGUGAAAAGCGGCGACAAUGAUCAACCAAUGACCGAUGCGAAAGCAGUGGAGGAAAAAACAGAAGAGCCCACUUCGCCAAAAUCGCCUAAGAAAAGGGGCCCCAAAAAGUUUGAAAUGAAGUGCACCCUGGAUGAGAUAGACACGGUAGCACCCCUUAGGCGAACACUGAUGCAGCCCAUGCAGUGCACCCUUUUAGAGUACCUAGCCGCAAGCAAAAGUGCCAGGGAGGAGCUCCUAAGUAUCACAAGGAAGGUGAGGGUCCCGCUAGCAGUAGUGCCAACAGUGCCAGUAGAAGGUCCCGCCAAGGAAGAAGUGCAGGCCACCUGCAUUACCAUGGAGGAACUGCCGGCCAAUUUCUUCUCGGGGGAGGAGGCCAAGAAGUUCUACGUGCUGGAGAGUGGCCAGCUCCAGGCGGUGGUAAGUGGGAAAAAGAUGAGGGCUUUAGUGGACAAUGGGUCCGAGUCUACGGUAUGUAGGGAUUCCAUCGCGCGAGAGCUAGGCCUGGAGAUAGACCGAGGGGUGUCAAUGUCGAUGGUGGUGGAAGAUAACAAGCUGCAACCGGCGGAAGGGGUGUGUCAUAGUCCUGUAAUUGAGGUAGCUGGUGUGGAGGCCACGUUACCGAUCUUUUCGGUAAAAGAGUCCGGCGGAGUUAAGAAGCACAAAACCGUGGCGGAGAAAGUGAAACCUGCCACGGUCGGCCGGGAUAGAACGGGGGAAGCUACGAUAUCGGAAGAGAAGAUAACCGAUAUCAUCAGGAAGAGGAAAGAGACGGAGGGGCAAAGGAUAACGGCCGAUAGAUUGGCCAAAAUGGAUAUAGGAGAUGGGAAUCUCACGGAGAAAGAAAAAGAGUUCAUAGCAAUGACCUUAAGGGGCUGCGAUAAGGCCAUUGUCUUUGAUGACUCGGAGAAAGGGAGAAUCGACCCAAGGUAUGCUGAGCCAGCCCGGAUCCACACGGUCCCCCACGUCCCUUGGAAGGAUAGGCCUCAAUGGAAAUAUGCUCAAAAGGAGAAAGAAGAGAUUGUGACCUUCAUCAAGGAAAAGAUCAGAACAUUCGUCGCGGAACCUUGCGAGAGCGCCUACUCCAAUAAGUGGAUCUUUCUAAGGAAGGGAGGUAGCAACAAGCUAAGAUGGAUCCAUAACCUCCAAAAGACCAAUUCAGUCACCAUAAGAGACGUGGGGUCUAUACCUGAGGCCGACUUGCUAGCGGAAGGGUCAGCGGGUCGCUCAAUAUACUCUAUUUGCGAUCUCUUCUCAGGAUACGACGAGAUUCCCUUAGAUUACCGGGACAGGCACAUGACCGCCAUGCAUACACCCUUAGGGCUGGUUCAAAUGAUGGUGGUACCGAUGGGUUGGAAGAAUGGGGUAGCCGUGUUCCAAAGAGCCAUGAUCGCAGUCCUCAAGGAAUUCAUACCGGAGAAGGUAGAGGUCUUCCUGGAUGAUUUCCCGAUAAAAGGGGCGGUCAAGCAGGAUGAGACAGAGGUUUUCCCGGGGGUUAGAAAGUUUGUGGCCGACCAUAUGAAAGAUGUCAGAGACGUCCUUGAGAAACUAGACGACGCGAACCUCACGGUGAGAGGGACUAAGAGUCGCUAGCGCGUAUCCUCCAUCAAAAUAUGGGUUCAUUUGCGAUAAAGAGGGGCGGAGGCCCGAUCCCGAUAAACUAGCAAAGUUGAU